AUGGAUUUCACUAAACCAGAGACUGUUUUGAAUUUACAAAAUAUUAGAGAUGAAUUAGUUAAGAUGGAAAAUUCCAUUAUCUUCAAGUUUAUUGAAAGAUCUAACUUUCCAACCUGUCCAUCUAUUUAUGAUCCUAAACACUCCAAUUUAUCUAUUCCAAAUUUCGAAGGAUCCUUUUUGGAUUGGGCUAUUCUACAAUUAGAAAUUGCUCAUUCACAAUUGAGGAGAUUCGAAUCACCAGAUGAAACGCCAUUUUUUCCAGAUAAGAUUUUAAAACCAAUUUUACCAAGCAUCGAGUACCCACAAAUUUUAGCUAAGUAUUCCUCUGAAGUCAAUUAUAACAACAAAAUUAAAAGAAUCUAUAUUGAUGAAAUAGUUCCGUUGAUUUCUAAGUAUAGUGGAGAUCAAGCUGAGAAUUUUGGCUCUGUUGCAACAAGAGAUAUCGAACUACUUCAGAGUUUGAGUAGAAGAAUCCAUUUUGGUAAAUUUGUAGCUGAGGCUAAAUUCCAGAAUAAUGUCGAAUUAUACACUGAUCUAAUUAAAAGAAAAGAUGUGGAUGGCAUUAUGAAAAAUAUAACGAACUCUGCAGUUGAAGAAAAAAUCUUAGAGAGAUUAACAACAAAAGCUGAAGUUUAUGGAGUAGACCCAACUGAUAAAGAGGGUGAAAGAAAAAUAACCCCAGAAUAUUUAGUUAAAAUUUACAAAGAAAUUGUCAUUCCAAUCACGAAAGAAGUUGAAGUUGAAUAUCUUUUAAGAAGAUUAGAAUAG